AUGUUGGCUCCUCAAUUCAUAUUAACAAAAUUUUAGGAAUUUUUAGAAACAUAAUUAGAGAAUAAACCAAAUAAAAAUGAAGUAAUUAAGAAAUUAAGAGACUUUAAUAGAUAUUUUACUGCAAAUAAUUAUAAUAUAAGCAAAGGGUUUGAAUAUUUUUAGAACAAUUAAAAAAAUCUAUAAUAAAUAGUACCUAUACCCAAAAUAAUUAUUGAUAAACUUUAAAUAAAUGAAAGAACAAUGUAAUUAACUGGAUAAGGAUUAUAAGGAUUGUAUUAUGCAAUUAUGAUUGGAUUACAAAAUAAAAAAGGACAAUUCAUUGCAGAUGGAACAACUUAUUAAUAACUUAAUUAACUUAUUAAAACUAACUAAAUUAAUCAAAAUGUAGGAAUAUGGUGUUUUACAGAAAUAGCAACAAUUCUAUUGAAAAAUAGUAUAAAUCUGAAUUUGAGUAACCAUUUAUUAGAAAAUGGAAUAUAAGUUAGUGAUUAAAUUGAUAUAAUGAAUUUAUCUAUUGGAUAAAGUGCACUUUUAGUUGAUAAUCUUAAAUAUGUUAUAAAUGUUGAUAUACAAUAAAUACUUUAUUACAAACCUAAUAAAACGUUACAUAGAUUGGUAUUACUUAAUUCUAGUCUUCCUAAUAGUAUCAAAAUAAUGAUAGAAAAUGAUAUAUACUAAGAUGUUCUAUUAUUUUCUUUAUUCUAAGAUGAGUAGAAUAAUCAAAGAAAUCAAUAGUUUAUUAAUUAACAACAAUAUUCCUAAUAACAAUAUAAUUCUCAAUAAUAAAAUCCAUUAUAAAAUAAUAAGACAAUAUCUAUUUAAUCAUAGGUUAAAAUACUAUUAGAAGAGAUGAAUCAAUAGACAGAUUUACUUAUAGAAUAAAAUCAAUUGAAGAUAUUACCUGAAUUUAAAACAUAAUAAUAUGUUAAAUAAAUGAAGAAUCAAAUAAUAUCAGAAGAUAAAAAGAAAAAAUGUCUUAAAUGUUAAUAAGAAUUUAGUAGCGAUAUUGGAAGCAUAGCAGGUUAAAUUACAAAUUUUUGUAUGAAAUGUUAUAAAGAAUUUUCAAUUUGA